GUAAAACCUAUCUCUAACUAGAGGCAGCGCCUCUCUUCCCCCACUUAUCCAGCGUCUCUUCCACUUGCUUCCGCCACCAUCAACAAGAAAUCACAGGCCAAAAUACAUAAUCACAAACCUCUACAUUUUACGACAUAUCUGCCUAAUUCUCUCUCAUCUAGGACGCCGAUGAUGACUUAUUAACCUCGCCCCGACCUUUUGGACAAGAGGAGUGGGGAAGAGGAAGAGGGGAUCUCGACGCACCAUCCAGCAGCGGUCGCCGGCGGCGCUCGCCAGCACCCGAACUUCUCAAUCCCUCUCUCACCUACGUUUCUCUGGAUCUCGUUUUGUCGACAAGAUGGAGCCUUUCAGAGACCGUAGCUACUAGCUAGAGAUUCGGAGAAUGAUGAUGAGUGCAAGGAGGAGAUCAGGGGAUCCAGGGGACCGUCGUUGCCUUCGUUUCUCGAUUCAGGAGAUCCAGGAAAUGGGGCAAGCCGGCUCCUUGUUAUGCCGUCCUACCGUAGUGCCGGUUCUGACAAAGGAAUUCGGUUGGGGAAGGGAGAAGUGGAAUAUGUAGACCCAGAAUUCUCCCGCUACCCUCUCACCGAGGCUAGCAGUCAUCCGAGGCAGUUGAUAAACAAGAGGGCCGGAAUGGAGGUGGUUUGCAACAAUGGCCGAUGUCAGGCGGAAAUAUUCAGAUCUGGGUACUCUUUGCUCAUAUCAGCCUUCUACUUAGGCAAAAGAUGGAAUGCUCCAGCUUCUCCAGGGAGAAAAAGGGGGAUUGUCGGCAGGAGCGGUAGGAAGAAACUGGGGCAACGUGAUGCAGAGGAGGUCGCUGGCUAUCGAAGGGUAGGGCUUCGUCGGAGAGGGAUUCGACAGAGUAGGGAAAGUCGACUUGGUGUAUGGUUUUUGUCUGGUUAGAAUAGAGAGAGAACGGAUAAGGUUUUACCCUUUUCUAUUUUUUUUCCUUAUUUUAUAAAUAAUCAAUUAAAUGAAAAUAAUAUAAAAUUCAUGUGGCAUGUUGGUUUCUUUUAGUCACAGCCACGUCAGAAAAAAAACAUCCAGCUCACUUAAUUUCUGACACCUCAAAGUCAACUAAUGGUCAAAUGGAUAGAAAGUUAACGGAUUGGCUAUUAAUUUGUUUUCGAAAAGAUUUGGCUAUUAUAUUGUUUAAAACGAAAGGUUUGCCUAUUAAAUUGUAUUUACCCUU